GAAAAGAAACCCCUGCAGUGCACCGGCGUAGAACAAAUAAACACAGAAUGAGAGUGAUGCUGUUAACCCUUUCACGCCAUUUAUGUACCAGCAGCAAGAACAUCACAGCAACCUUAAAAUUCUCAAAAACAAAAUUCCCUUGUCGGUACAAGAAAGCUACUAUGUCACAAGCUCAACUGUCACUCACUGAUUACCUCCACGCCACAAGGUCCAUCCCUUACGCCUUCGCUGAUCAAAUUUCCAAAAACUCCAUUCAUUCCCUCUCCAAUCUCAUUUCAAAGUUGGGCUCUUUUUCAUCUUCUGAUUUCCCCAAGAAACUUGAUAAGUUCUUAAGGUACAACCCAAUUAAUGAAUUUGAGUUUUUCUUUGAAAGCAUUGGAAUUCAGUAUACUCAAAUUUCUCAUUUGUUGCCUCAUGACAAGUUCUUCUUCUCUGAAGAUGGGUCACUUCUUGAUUCUGCUUGUGUACUUUGUGAAUUUGGGUUUCCUUGGGAUAAGCUUGGGGUGCUUUAUGUGGAGAGUGGUUUUGUGUUUAAGAUGAGUGGUACUGAGUUGAAGGGUAGGCUUUGUUGGUUUCAAAGAUAUGGUUUUUGUAAUGUGCAGAUUGUUGGGAUAUGUUUGACUUUUCCUUAUGUUUUUGGUGUGGAGGAAGGGAAAUUGGUUGAUGAGAUUGAUGGGUUGCUUUCUGAGUUGAGAUUGGUGUUUUUGGAUUUUGAUUUGGGAGGGUCCGUUGAAGGGAAUGUGCAUGUUUGGCAUGAGGUUUGUAGGAAAAUUAAAGUGUUUUAUGAUUUGAGUGAUGCUAAGGGGAAGAUAGGUGAACUCAUUGGAAGGAAUAAACAUGUCAUUCUUGAACAUAAAGAAGAGGAUUUGAUUGAAAAAGUUGAGUAUUUUUGUAGAUUUUGUGUUGAGAAAGAGGAAGUAGGCCGGUUGAUUCUACAAGGUUCGGAGUUGUUGAAUCUUGAUUUGGAAAAGCCGGUGAUUAACAUGUUGAAGUUGUUGAAACACGUCGGAAUGAGCUCUAAAGGUCUUGGUGAUGUAAGGAAGAACUAUGCCCAUGCGUUGGGAACAAUAAAAAUCGAGAAUCUUCCCAAUGCGAUGAGGGCUAUGGGUUUACAAGAAUGGUUUUUCGAUAGAAUCAAGGAUGGGAAUCAUAUGCUUUUGGUGAACUUUAUCGAAAGCUAUCCCAAUGAAGAGCAUGAUAAAGGUUAUCAAAGUGGUUUGAAGACAAUUCAUAAUGCAAGAACACCAACUCACAAUAUGAGUAAAUUAAAUUUCAUGCAUAGUAAUGGAUUUGGUGAAAAUGCGAUGACCAUGGAUAUCUUAACUCACAUGCAUGGAACAAGUGAAGAGUUACAAAAAAGAUUUGAUUGUCUUCUACAUUUAGGGAUUGAAUUCUCAAAGCUGUGUAAGAUAAUCACAAAGCAGCCAAAGGUUCUAAGCCAAAAUCCCGAAACUCUAGAGAAAAAGAUUAACUUUUUACGUCAGGAGAUGGGAAAGUCCUUAGAGCUUUUGGACACUUUUCCAGCAUUUAUAUGUUUUGAUUUAGAGAACCGAAUUAAGCCGAGGUUCAGAUUCCAUAUGUGGGUUUUGGAAAAAGGAUUGUCUUCCAAAAACUAUUCCAUUGCAAGCAUGAUUGCGACUAGUGACAAGAAUUUUGUAGGCCGCGCUUUUAAAAUUCACCCGGCCGCUCCAAAACAUUGGUUUGAGCAAUUCUAUCCCAAGAAAUUUUGAGCUAUCAAGAUGAUCACAUUACUGUUUGUUGUAUAUGAAUUCCACCAUUUUUCCAAUUCAAUUUGUACAAAUCUCAAACUUGGUUACUUAAUUCCCAACAUUUGGGGUUGAACACUAACCUAUUUGAUAUUCUUGAAACACUAAUCUAUUAGAGGUAUCUUUCCUUUGCGAUGAAAGUGAGACAUUUACCUAAAAAUAUUUAUCUUGCUUUACUUCAUUUAGCCAUAUUUUCUUCCGCUUUUUCAACAGUAUUAUUCUACAGAUCUGCAGAAUCAAGGCACUCGCCGGCAAUCACAAUGCUCCUAGAACCCUUCAAGUUGAAUCAUUGAGGUAGAAGAUGAUCCUUUGUUUUUGAUCCAUUACUAUUGCAGCUUCAUGCGCAGUGCAAUAUUGUGAGGGUGAGGCAUCUCAAUUGUCGCGGGAUCUUUAGGAUGAGAAUUUACCUUGGUGGAAUUUGACAAGAAAAUGACCAUUUUGAUAUUAGGGGAGGAGCAAAGCCUCGAAGUUCUGCAAUACUAUGUUGUAAUUCAAGGGAUUUUUCCUAUUUUCUAGUCUAUAUCAGCUGGUUUCUAUCUACUGGUAUAAGAGCAAUUCUAAUCCCGAUCCAGGAAGAUUCUGCAGGUGUGCUGUAAAUUUUGGCAUGUGAAGAUGGCUGUAGAUUUGAUGGAAGGGAGGUCGAUUGAUGGCGGAUCCAGACAGAGCAAUAUUUUGAGUCAAGACAUGAAGUUUCGGUGGGCUGUUGUAUUUGCAUUGAGAAGAAAUGCUCUUGGUUGGUGGAUUUCUUGGAAGAUGGAGAUGUAGUGACAUAGAUGAAUAUAGGACUAGAAAAAGGAAACCAAGAAAUGCGAAACAGAUUACCGAAUACAAUGUGUGAAGAUGAAUGUAAGUAUAGCAAGAGAACGAUCACGACGAAGGAGACUCUUGAAGAAAAACAGAAUAUUAUGGAGUUGAUUCCAGUACAAGAAAGUAAAAGUUACAACGGCUUUGUGGUUCCAAACCGAAUCUGAACCACCUUUACAAAAAACCCAAUCUGAUUCUUUGUAAACCGAGAACCGAUUCUUUGAUUCCAUCAUUGUUCACAAAAAAAAUGAUCUUUAUUAGGUAGCAAAACCAUUAUUUUGUAUAUUAAUCACAAUGAUGUAAUAUAGCAGCCAACCUUACCAUUCAUAUUGAUUAAUCAAAAUUUCUCUUAUUUUAUUAUCAA